CGGUGCCGGGGGCGACGCCGCGGGGCACCAUGGCCGUAGGCACGGGCACCUCCCUGGCGCUCUCCUCGCUGCUCUCGCUGCUGCUCUUCGCCGGGAUGCAGAUGUACAGCCGGCAGCUGGCCUCCACCGAGUGGCUGACCAUCCAGGGCGGGCUGCUGGGCUCCGCGCUCUUCGUCUGCUCCCUCACCGCCUUCAACAACCUGGAGAACCUCGUCUUCGGCAAAGGCUUCCAGGCCAAGAUAUUCCCCGAGAUUCUCACCUGCCUCUCGCUGGCUCUCUUUGCCUCCGGCCUCAUUCACCGAGUCUGCGUGACCACCUGCCUCAUCUUCUCCAUGGUUGGCCUCUACUACAUCAACAAGAUCUCCUCUACCCUCUACCAGUCCGCAGCACCCAUCGCUGCUCCCGCCAAGGCUGUCGGCAAAGGCAGGAAGAGGAAUUGAUGUCCUGCGGCCCCUUCCCCGGGGCAGCCCCCUCCCCGCUGGGCCGGACUGGGGCUCUCAGCCGCCCAAUAAAGCCAUUUCUUUGUAGU